AUGGCGAUCCCUUUGGGGGCAUCGCUUAGUGAUCCACGUUUUGUGUCCGUUCAAAUACUUCAUGUAGUGAGUGCCUUCUUUUUGAUCAUGGCCAUGGUCCGCGUUGCGUUAGGCGUGUUGCUGCUCCUUUUCUCUCAUAGCGAAAACAUUUCAUACUUGAAGUUGCUUAGUCGUUGCUUCCACAUACCACUGCGUUCAUUGUUUAUGGUUCAUGUUGAGGACAUGGCUGAUGGGUCCGCCUCGCGGUUCUUUUUCAUGCACGUGAUGACUGCACUUGUGGUGUCCUACCCACUCGCACACACUAUACAACGCCGUAAAUUCGCACUAGACUUUGCUUUCACAACCUAUGUCAUCUAUUUUUUCUUCUGCUGCUUGGUGGGAUGGCGAGUAACGGGCGGUGGCUUUGCGUGGUGGUUGUCAGUGGUGUCGGGGUUUGGCAUAACAUGCGGCAUGACAGCUGUCAUUUGUAGGCGUCGCGAAUUGCAGGACAUCAUCCUCGCAUCAUCACCCGUGACGUCCCGCGCUGUUGGGGGAAAUGGGGCAUACAGAGCAAGGGAAAAUGUUGGAAACCCUGCGAAAACGUCUGUUGAGAGGUCUGCCUUGCUAAAUUCUGGUCAAACCGACAGCGUCCCCACUCGUGCGGCAUGGCGCAAUGAUUUGGUGUGA